AUGUCCACUGGAGAUAAGGCCAAGACUUCCUCCCAGACUGACGGCAAGGCCGUCCAGGGCAAGAAGUCUGAGAUGGGGAUGAUGUCCUACAAGAUGUACGUGUUCGAUCAGGAGAACUUCCAGGGUCGCAUGAUCGAGAUCGUCAAUGAGUGCAUGAAUGUGUGUGAGAUGGGCAUGGACCGCGUGCGUUCCCUGCGCAUUGAGUGUGGACCCUUCGUUGGAUUUGAGCAGAUGAACUUCUGCGGUGAGAUGUACAUUCUGGAGAAGGGCGAGUAUCCCCGCUGGGACUCCUGGAGCAACUGCCAGAGGAAUGACUACCUGCUGUCCUUCAGGCCUGUCAGAAUGGACCCCGAGAAGCACAAGAUCUGCCUGUAUGAGGUGGGAGAGUUCAAGGGCCGCAAGAUGGAGAUCAUGGACGACGACGUUCCCAGCCUGUUCUCCUACGGCUUCACAGACAGAGUGGGCAGCAUCAUGGUCGGCUGUGGAACCUGGGUGGGAUACCAGUUCCCUGGAUACCGCGGCAGCCAGUAUCUGCUGGAGAAGGGCGACUACAGGCACUUCAAUGAGUAUGGCGCCCGCUACCCCCAGUUCCAGUCCGUGAGGCGUAUCCGUGACAUGCAGUGGCACCCACACGGCUGCUACACCAUGGCCAGCAAGUGAGGCUCAGGGAAGGAGAGAAAGAGAAAGAGCGUUAGUGAGGGAGAGGGGCGGAGGAAAAGGGAGCGGGGGAGAGAUGUCUGACGUCUUCAUCUCAGUGCCUCUCGAAGGUCUGUGAUCUAACGGAGUGAAAGGAGAAGGUCAAGUUUGUCCCCCCGAUCAGAGACGAGACCUCUGUGGAACGACCAGCUGGACCAGUAAAAAAACCAGAUCCACCCUCCAUCCCUCUCUGUCUCUACUUCUCUCUUUCUCCCCUCUGGGCUGCACUUUGCUUCCCCCUUUUUAAAACUCUCAGUUCAAACCCCCUCCACAGUCCUCUGAGAUACCAGAGAGGAAACUCAGUACCUCUUGAUGUUUUACACACGAUUCUCGGCUCAGGAUAUGAUGCACCAUGGGAAACUGAGUCCCCCGGAGCCCCCUCUGCCACUGUCUCCUCUUGCCCCUAUGCUUUACAAACCCUCUCUGCUGUACAGAAUCUUGGCCAAGUUUUCAAUAAAAAGAAAAACUUUGAUUUCAAA